CACCCACUCGCGCGCCGCCGCCGCCGUCGCCAUCACCGUCGCCGUCGCACGCGCGCCGCUCCCAGCCGGCCCCUUCCCUUCCCUGGCUGCGGCUUGGUUGGUUAGUUGAUUGGAUUGGCUCAGUAACGGGCACGGGCAGCACGGCACGUCGGCACGACAGCACCCACUCCCGUCUCUCCCUAUCCACCCAAGUACUCCUCGCGCUCGCACGCGGAUCCACCCACCCCACCCCACCCCACCCAUCGCUCCUUCCGUCCGUUCCUCCACUUGCCGGCCACAACCCCCUCCCGGCGGAGUGCGGCGGGAUGAGGGGGCAAGCCAACGGAGUGGAGGACCGCCGGCCGCGGGGCGACGACCACGAGGCGGACGACGACGAGGAGGACAGCGAGGAGGAGGAGGAGGAGGAGGGCCGACACCGGGGUCAGGGUCAGGGUCAGGGCCAGGGACAGGGCCCGCCGCCGCAGCAGAGGCGGCACCAGCAGACACAGAGACCUUCCUCCGGCCCGCAGCAGCAGCAGCAGCAGCACCAGCCGCCGCCGCUCACCAGGAACGUCGGCUACGUCGGCAAGCACCGCCUCUCCGCCGCCAUCGCCCGCCUCGACCAGGAGCUCCAGUCCCUCCAGGAAGAACUGGACGAGCUUGAAACCAUGGAAUCUGCAUCCGCGGCAUGCCAGGAAGUGAUCACGAGUACACAAGGGAAACCUGACCCUCUUCUUCCUAUUACCAGUGGUCCAGAGAACUCUUCAUGGGACAGAUGGUUUCAGCGGGUCCGCUCCCGCAGCAACAAAUGGUGGGCAUCAAAAGGCUCUGACUUCUCGUAGCUUCUGCAAAGCUGAGAUCAUCCUCAUCAGUGUGUGCAGAUUAAAUUGAAACCUGUUGAAAUGUAUCAUCCAUUGGUGUCCUGGGAAACAGAAUAGGUGGUGUGACUGCGGUGUGGCACUCAAACACCUCUGAUAGUUUUUGGAGAGAAUCAUCGUGUAUGUAGUAAUCCCUAACAAGGCUGAACAUCGAUGUAUCCAAAUCAGGCCUGAUUGUUGCUCGCGAGAUAGUCUUGAGAUCAUUUUCCUACAGAUUCUGACUCACUAGGUCGGAUUUCUGAUGGUCAUGUAAUCUUGCUGUUCUUUUUCCCCCCUCCUGCAAACGUGAAGAUCCACAUUGUCUUUGGAAAGUUUCAGAAAAGAGAAUCAGAUUGAACAUUGUGCUGUGC